AUGAGUCAAGCACCGCAUCUAUUUACUAGAGACAAAUUAGAAGAGUUCUUAUCCCUCCGCCGUGCGGCACAGUACCAGGCAGAGUGGUUGGGUGAAUCUAAACAACAACGAGAUGUUAACAACACCAACACCACAAUAACAACAACAUCUAAUGGAGUAGGAGAUAUAAACCGUCAGUCGACACCACCGUGGAUUCGAGCUCUGAACCACUUUAUUGAGUUGGAGAGUAGAAUUCAUCUCAAGAUGGAACGAUUGCAUGAACAGCAGCGGACUUUUCUCCAACCGAAAUUUCUCUCAGAUGAAGAAGAGGCGGCACAACAACAGCAAAUUGAAGAGAAUGCACAAGAUAUACAGAAACUUUUACGAGAAUUGGAACGUAUGAUUCUAUCAGGUAUGCGUCCACAAGAUCCAAACAAUGAGGAUGAACGAAUGGCAUCUGAAAAUGCAAAGAAACACCUUUCCGCAAGACUCUCAGAAAUUAUUCAAACAUUUAGAGGAGGACAGGAACUGUACGCCGCCCAACGGAAACGAUGUGAAGAGAAGUCCAGACGUUAUCAACAAAUUGGUUCCCAUGAAAUACAUGAACAAUUGCAAAAGGAGGAAAAAAUAGCUCAGUAUUUAGAGCUUGGAUAUGCACAGGCAGAUAUUGAGGAACUUCUCGCUGAAGAGGCAAAACAGCAGGAAGUAAGUCGUGAGAUUCAAGAUAUAUUAAAGAGUAUUACUGAACUGCAUGAAAUGUUUAAAGAACUUGGUACAAUGGUGGUGGAACAGGGAUCUGUUUUGGAUCGAAUUGAUUACAAUGUGCAGCAAACUCAUACUAGCGUGAAAAAGAGUGUGGAUGUGCUAAAGAAGGCGAAAGAAAGUCAAAAUAGUUGCCGGUUAAUGUGA